CAAAUAGCUUCCUUCAGUCACUUCCUGAGCCUCUGCAGAUGUGACACCUGCCUCUGCUGCCUUGCUCACUUCACGGUUUGCUGCACCAGCAACUCGUCUCUCACACUCUGUCUUCACGUCUCAAGAGGAGUGAAAAUGCUUCUUCUUCUCAGCUGCUGGAUUCUUUCAGGAGUCAUGGCCGAGGUCGGAGCAGGGACACUUUACAGAAUGAGAAACAGCUCAAUAUGUCUGAACGUUACUAAGCCACCACCGUAUAAAGAAGCUUCAUGGUUCUUAGCUGGAGAGUUCAUUGCCUCUAUGAUUAAUGUAAAUCCCAUCCAUAAAAAGAAAGUGGAUUUCAAUGCCACGAAUCUGAAGUUGUGCAUCAAAGACCUGAGUGACACGGACUCUGGAAUCUAUGAGGCCACGAUCGUCGAUGACAAAUAUAAAGGAUCGACUGAGAAACACCGAGUCAUCGUUCAAGACCGCGUCCCCCGGCCUGUCCUCCACACGUCCCUCCUGCACCACAACACGUCCUCUGGACUCUGCAGCCUCGCAGUCAACUGCUCCGUCCGGGACGAGUGGGCGUCGGCCUCCUGCGACCGGCUCGGCUGCAGAGCGUCCCAGAGGUCGAGCCCAGAGGUCAUCAGCAUCAACAUCUCCACCAACAACUGGACCGUGGUCUGCAGCGCCAAGAACCAAGUCAGCUCCAGGAACCAGUCUGAGGACCUGGAGGCAGCGUGCCUCAACAAACCGGCUCCUGGACCCACAGAGGACUCACUACCUGUGUUUGCUAUAGUCUUACUGGUUGUGAUGUGUGUGUCUCUCUUUGGAUUCAUUGCUCUUCUGGCUCAGAAGGUGUCUUCAGGAUGUUGUCACCAUCAGAGACAGACGUUGGUUGAGGAGCAGUCACAGCCGGAGACCAGAGCGUCCACCUCGUCCUCCAGUCCGUCCGAGGUGGCUUAUGAAAACGUGGACGCCCCACAGCCCGCCGAGGAGGGGGGGGCGGCGCCCAGUCAGGAAGUGGAGACCGUCUACAGCGUCCUACAGGCAGCGAAUGUGACUCCUCCUCCUGUGGAGGCUGAGACGUGUGGAGAAGCUCCACCCCCCCUGACUGAGGGGGGGGCCGGGCCCUCGGAGGUCAACACUUUGUACAGCGUGUUGCAGAAACCCAACUCUGAAGUCACAGCGCCACCAACAGGUCACAUGAGACCAUCAGAGGAGCUGAAGGACUGUGUCUGUCUCACGUGGACGUUCACUCCUCACUCUCUUCAAACUGAAAACACAGGAACGAGCAGCGACCUGAGCUGAAGGGCUUCGACCUCAUGGGUUAAAUCCCACGUUAUUAAACUGAGGAAGGAUUUGAAAGGUUGAAAGUACAUUUCGAUGCCUUGUUUAUAUAUUGUUUGUAAAUAAUAACAGGCUCACGGUUCUGUACUGUACCAGAGAUCCACUGUCCUCUGCAUGUUUAACCUUGUUAUAGAAUUACUGGAUUCAAUCUGACACGUCUCAAUAAAAGAAAUAAAAAAAGA